AUGGUGCCAGUGCCUACCCGCGACUCCAAAGUGCCCGAGGCUCACGGAUUCGACGCCAGCCUGGGACUCACGACGAUCAACGUCGGCAUGCCAUCCGUCCGAUUCUACGGCCACCAACCCUUACUUCAGUCUUCGGAGUUCUUCAGGAUCCGAAGUAAGUCUCAAUGGCAGACCGGUCAAGCCGUCGAUCUCCCGGACGUCGGUGCGCACACCUUCAACACCUACGGCAACUGGCUCUAUUCGCGAAAUCUUCCAACCAUCGUCGACGUGCCCGGGGACCUUCCACCAGCUUGUGGGUUCGAAUGGAACGUGCUGGCGUCCGCCUACAUUCUCGGCGAGAUGUUACUUGACGCAGCCUUCCGAGACACAGUCAUCGACAGCCUCCAGCGAAAGCAAUGCCGAUGUGGCAAGAAGGAGCUGUGUCUCGGCACCCACAUGGCAGCCGAGAAGCUCUUCGCCGGCACAGCAGAGAGCUCCAUGGCCAGGAAGUGGGCCAUCGAUGUCGCGGCGCGCAGCAUGGCGAUGGGUGACGUCGAGGCCAGCCUUCUCUCAAAGAACCUCAUUGAUGCAGCUCAGGCGUGGCUGAAUGCGCCGCAGCGCCAUCGUGAGGAUGUGUGCUUCGAAUACCACUGCCAUGGAGAGGUGGAGGAGUGCUACAUGGAUAACGAGCGGUGCUACCUGCCCGAUGAACUCCAUUUGAUGAUGAAGCGGCCCGAGUUGUUCGAGGAUCGUGAGAAGGUGAGAUCGUGGAUCAGGCGUAGAUAG